GCAAGAAAUAGCAGCAGAACAGCGCAGCAGAGAGUACGGAGCAGCGAAGAAAAAAGUCUUUUCUUUUCACGGGAAAAGAAAACGCUGUCGAUUUCGGUCUGCAUUCGCAAGCUCCAACCGGAGCCAUAAAAAGUGCAUCCGGUGCGACCAAAAUCCGGAGCAGUUCGUGUUCGUGCAGUUCGUGCAUUGUCAAAACGCCCUGCAGUGCAGGCAGCAAGCAGAUCGACCGUCGGGGCCUGACGAACACCGCGUCAUCUUAAUGGCCGAUUGAAGAACCGUGCGCGUAUUCCCGUGGUGUGCGUCGGUGCGCUUAGUUGCGGCACAAAAAGAAGCAGAAUAAAAAGUUUUUUGUUGUUGGUUAAGUUCUUAAGUUGAGCUUUUGUUGUUGUUGGUUGGUUGAUGGAAAACCGCCCCCCGACCGGCGCGCGACGUUCGAUGGAACCAGUGUGCCAGUGUUAGAAAGACACACAAAUCGCCGCGCUGAUCAUCCGGGAUCCUGUGUGAUCGAUACACACACACCAACCACCUUCCACGCUGGCCGUGGCGCUGUGAGUGAGUCGAAGAGAUAUCAUCCCUUGUGGUGUGUGUGUGUGUGUGUGUGUAGAUGUGCGUCGCGUGAUCCUCCUUCUGGGCAGAGGCAGCACAACGGCAGAGACUUCCAUUUCAUUUCCCGGCCACCCCGAUUACGGUCACCGGAUCGCGGUGUUGCGUGUGUCCUCUACCUGGGAAAAGGGCCGCGGGGAAUUGUGAUAAUUGAAUUAGUGCAAUAGAAAGCAAAAGAAAAGUGUUCGUCGACGGGUCGGAGGAGAAACGAGAAAAGGACGAGCAAUAAACAGUCAAUGUCAACGUAGCACGUGGUGUGGUGUAACUCGGAAACAAAAAAAAAGCAAAGGACACACACCGGAAUCGUAUAGACAACCAACUAGCAGCGAAUACAACAACAGGCCUGGGAAUCUCCGGUGCAGCUGUGAACCGUAUACCAAAGUGAUCUUGUCCUGUUGCGUGUGCGCGAACGUUAGGGACACCUCGUCGUGUUCCGGUGGAAACUGCAGGUGGCGAGUAAGGGAAAAAACAAGAAAAAAAACCAACCCAACCACCGGCAUUGUGCGUGUGUUUGUGUGUAUGUAAGCCUGGGUUGCCGGGUCUGGGAUUUGCAUCCGGUUUUGGCCAGUGUGAUCGGUUGCCACCACCUAGUAGUCGACGUCAUCGGUGACGCCUCUAGCCGUCGACGCGGAUCCGGAUACGUACCAAGACUCCCAAACCCUUCCCCUUCGAACCCCCCCGCCCCCAGCACGGUCGCAGAAUGGAGUGCUGCCUGUCGGAGGAAGCCAAAGAGCAGAAGCGCAUCAAUCAGGAGAUUGAGCGGCAGCUGCGACGAGACAAACGGGAUGCCAGGCGAGAGCUGAAGCUGCUACUGCUCGGUACUGGCGAAUCGGGUAAAUCAACAUUCAUCAAGCAGAUGCGCAUUAUCCACGGUAGUGGUUACUCGGACGAGGACAAGCGGGGCUUCAUCAAACUAGUAUACCAAAACAUUUUCAUGGCAAUGCAGUCGAUGAUACGGGCGAUGGAUCUGCUGAAAAUUCUGUACAGUGAUCCGGCGAAUAUCGAACAUGCCGAACUAAUACGAAGCGUUGACUUCGAGACAGUGACCACAUUCGAACCGCCAUACGUUCAAGCAAUCAAAGACUUAUGGGCCGACGCGGGCAUCCAGGAGUGUUACGACCGGAGGAGAGAGUAUCAGCUAACAGAUUCCGCCAAAUAUUACCUUAUGGAGAUCGAUCGUGUCGCGGCAACAAACUAUCUUCCAACGGAGCAGGACAUUCUGAGAGUGCGUGUGCCCACGACCGGCAUUAUCGAAUACCCCUUCGAUCUGGAAGAGAUCCGGUUUAGAAUGGUCGACGUCGGAGGACAAAGAUCUGAAAGAAGGAAAUGGAUCCACUGUUUCGAGAACGUCACAUCGAUCAUCUUCUUGGUUGCACUGUCGGAGUACGAUCAGAUUCUGUUUGAAUCUGAGAAUGAGAAUCGAAUGGAGGAAUCGAAAGCUUUAUUUAAGACCAUUAUCACGUACCCCUGGUUCCAACAUUCGUCGGUGAUUCUGUUCUUGAACAAAAAGGAUUUGCUGGAGGAGAAGAUUAUGUAUUCCCAUUUAGUGGACUACUUCCCGGAGUACGAUGGACCACAAAGAGAUGCAAUAGCUGCCAGAGAAUUUAUACUUCGCAUGUUUGUAGACUUAAAUCCUGACUCGGAGAAAAUAAUUUAUUCACAUUUCACGUGCGCAACAGACACCGAGAACAUCCGGUUCGUGUUCGCCGCCGUCAAGGACACGAUACUGCAGUCCAACCUCAAGGAGUACAAUCUGGUUUGAACACGGGGUUGCCGGUUGUGCUUGCCAUUUUUUGACACGACUUUCGCUGUGUUUCGCUGCGGUGCCGCCGCCGCCGCCGUCACCGGGCCAGAAACAGCACAGCAACUGGUGGACCUCUUCGCUAGCGAUGAUCUCGUUACCGUCACAACUCGACGAUGGGUGGCGCAGUGCCGUACUCCCAUACUACCAUCCCCAUUACCACCACCACCACCAGCCACACUCCUUACCUAAUGUGUCUCCCCGGCUCGGCUGUCCAUUCAACACCAUCCUAUGCGCUGCUUCCUGAUCAUUGCUUUCGGCGGUACCAUUUGCGCGUGGUCAGCAUAUGUGGCCAAACAGCACAAACUCUAGCAGCGAAUAACCGAAUCAUCGUUACCAGCAUGUGACCCCUCCCCCGGGAAAGAGAUAAACAAAACAGAAAUGCACGGCACCAGCAGCGGUGGCUGCAGCGAAAGGGAACAGCACGCGCAAAACAAGCAACACACACGUGCAGCAACAGAGUGUAGCGAGAUAAGGUAGCGUGUAAGGAGAAGGAGGGAGUGCGCCGACGGCUUCUCGUCGUGGGUAAACCGUAACCCAGGCUUUUCCAUCAUCCCAGGACCAUGAUCAUCGUCAACGUCGUCAUCAUAAUCAUUAGCAGCAGCAUCACACCACGAAGUAGCAGCAUUUGUCGAGACAGUUUUGGAGCACACGCAUCCGCCUGGAUCGAUAAUUUUAUACUUGUGAACGCGCCGCAAUUUCCAUCCUUUACGUUCAUCAUAAUACCUAUAUACCCUACCGCGCAGAGAACGUUUUAUUUAAUGAACCAGCUUCGACGUUUCGCUUCGUUGCUUAUGUAAAGAGAGAAAAAAAGAUUUGAGUAGCAUAACUCGAUCUACAAAGGAAAUAGAGACAGAACAAUGGGAACCUAGUGCUGGUAUGCUAUUAGAACGCGUGUCACUACGGACGAGGCAAAUAUGGCACAGGCUCAGAAGUCCCAGCAACAGAGGAAGCGAAAGAUGGUUGCACAUAUUAUACAUUUUAUCUGUUGAAACGCUGAUUUAUCCAUCCCGAGCCCUCGUGUAAUCGCAACGAAUGUGGAGAACAAACCGCCUAAUAAUAAUUGUAGCUGCUUUCGUUUUCAACCUUUCCCCGAACCCGAACUGCUCCAUCUCGACAAGGGGGGAACAACGGGACGGCAGGGGAGGGUCGUGUAAGACACACGGAAAAUUUUGUAUUUGCUUUGUGUAGCGUGUAUCUGUCUCCGGCAAGCCAAGUCAAGUUAGUUAGUUUACAAUCUCAACCAACCUCUCUCGGUUAAGCUCCGUGUCAUUUGUUUGUUUUUUUUGUCACUAUCGUAGGUGUUACAUAAGUAUGUUUCCAUUUCAAUGCAAUCGUUUCCUUAUUUAAGUUUCACCACAAAAUCCCACAUCCAUGUUAGUACGCCCGUGUUGGACUCUUUGAAAGCCAUCUACUUGCCAAUAAGUGAAGAUGUAUCGAUGUUUUCUGUUUCCUUCCUUUAAUGUAUUAAUCAUUUUACCUUAACCCUGCGUACACGUGCACUCAAACAGAUCCGUUUCUCGAACAGUUCCUGGGCAAAAAAGCAAAACCUUGUCGUUCACCUUGCGUGAUUUUCGGAGUACGCCGAAACCGAUGGGUUUGAUAUAACAAACAAAUAUAUGUACUUGUAUAUUA